AUGUUUCUCCGCCAGCUGGAUCUGACUACCGCGCUACGGCCAUCUCUGUAUCAUGAUGAGUCUUUACUGUUUGUACAGGACGGUGUGGGGCUAUAUGAGGGAAAAUACAAGAUUGAAAAUCAUCAGAACGGUCACGCCUACUUGACUUCACACCGCGUAUGCUACGUCGACAACGAGGAGCCAAGAAAGUACUCUGUUGCGGUAGAUUUGAAAGAAAUCGAUCGAAGCGAGUUCUACGCCGGUUUCUUGAAGUCGUCGCCAAAGGUCACCCUCUUCCCCAAAGCUACCAAGAAGCCGAUCCCGGGUAUCAAGAGCCCAGUCCCUCGCUAUGCGACACCAAGCGAUGCAUUGGUUGGCGGGCCUGCAUCUGCACAUCGUUCAACAGCUCAGUCCCCGGCGCUAGUGAGAGAUCUGCACGCGACAUGGGUCUGCACCAUCUGUGGUUUCUCGAAUUCAGUACCUACCAAUUUUGAUCCGUCGACGGCGAACCAACAUACGCCUCUUCCACCUUGCCAAGCAUGUGGCAUUAAGCCCGAGCUUGUUCACAUGGUCAAGGCAGCGAUUGCAGCAAUGUCUAAUCGACCUAGUGGUGCUACAGCAACUGCACCGCCUACCCAGCGGGAUGUAUCGGAAAUCGUUACUGGCCAUGGAACGUCUGAUCAAACACAGCAGUCGCCCGUGCCACCAGGGCAGUGUCCAAGGUGCACAUUUCAGAAUUAUCCGUCCCUCACAGCUUGUGAAGUUUGUGGGGCACCACUACCGGGUACGGCAGAAAAACGCUCGCAUCUCAUUGACAGAGCUGGACAGCGAUCUGAAUCGCCUGGUCCCACUCUUGGCGGGUACAGUAUUGUCGGCGAUGACAAAAUCGAGACAAUCAAGUUCUCGUUUCGAACGGGCGGAGCGCAGACGUUUCUGGACAAGCUCAAAAGUGCACUUACCCAGCGCAAAUGGCUUCUCCAAAGUGCACCACCGGUACCAAGACCAACGGCUACUCCUCCGCAUUUGAGCGGAUCCCCAAGGCCUUCGAACGGCAUGUCACCAACUCCAAGCACUCCUCAACGAGUCGUCGGCAUAGCUGGCCUCGAGCAGCGAGGGGCCGAGCUGCGACAGAACAACCAGGCUGUCAUUGGAACUGCAUUUGAAGAUCUCGAAGCUCUCAUGACAUCUGCGAAAGAAGUAAUUAAGAUGGCCGAGCAGUUUGCUGACAAUUCAAAUGGCGGCGCGGAUGGUGACUCGGACGCGAGAAGACUGCUAUCGGAUUCGGCAUCGGCCUUGGGGUUGGUGACUACCAAAGACAUGCUGGGAUCUGGAUCAUCUGCAGAGCAGCUUUACGUGACUGAGCUCUCGCGAGAUCUGGCCGAAUUUCUGACCGACGACAGGAAAGGCGUCUUACGUAAGGAGGGCGGGAUCAUGUCACUUGUAGACCUUUGGCAGGUCUUUAACCGGACUCGCAACGGCAUCGAGCUGGUUUCCCCGUUGGAUUUUGAAAAGGCCGCCAAAAUGUGGGACGCCCUGAACCUUCCUGUGCGACUACGACGUUUCAAGAGCGGUCUUCUCGUUGUCCAGGAAAGAAGUAGGACCGACGAGAAGACCGUAUCAAGCUUACUGAGCUGGGUACGCGAGAAUUACAACAAGAAUCUGUUGCCUGCCAGUCCCGAGUUUGGGCACGGCGUAACAGCCCAAGAGGCCGCAGAGCGCUUCGGCUGGAGUGUUGGUGUUGCGACCGAGGAGCUGGAAAUGGCAGAAGAGACAGGAGCAUUGUGUCGGGAUCAAUGCCUAGAUGGGACGCGAUUCUGGGAGAAUCAUUUUGCUCAAAUUUCCCCAGAGAGCUUGAAGGCCGUCACCUGA